CUAGCAACUUCAACCUAGUCUAUGGACUUUCUGCUUGAAAAUCAUGGGUAUGCCGGAGAGGCUCAUCCAUCUACUUGUGCAUUGCCUUUGUAUAUCGUUAGCGAUAUCUCCGAAGAUACCACAAAAAGUUACGUUGAGUCAAGGCCAACACCUCCAGGGCCGGGAUCACCUAACUUCUGAACGGUGAUUCUUUAAUUUUGGUUUCUUCACUACUACAUUAAUACUGAAUCUUGUUCUAAUCAUUACUUGGGAAUAUGGUAUGUGGGAAGUCCAGAAAAACCAGUUUGGGUGGCCAAUCGGGAAAAUCCAGUUCCUGAUUCCUCCGGAGUUGUUACAAUGGAUAGUGAUGGCAUAUUGAGAUUGAGUUAUAGCGGUCAACACAGUACCAACAAUAAGAGAGAAGAAAGAAGGAAUAACAACUGCGUUUCAAAUUGUUGUGAUUCAUGCGACAAGUCACACAAUUUACAUAUAAGAGAGAGAGACAUGAAGCUUGAUUUGGUGUUUCUCUCUCUACUUUCUCUCUCUAUAUUAGUCACCCCAGCAGGCGCCUCAGCUCCUCCUCCUCCGACCUCUACCAACAUAUCCACCACAUGUCCGAUGGACUUUGGAUAUGUCCUUGGAAUUCCAUGGUCCUCUUCUCCGUGCCUUAAUUCCAAAAAAACUGACUGUUGCCAUACCCUACUCGGCCUCUUCGGAAUAGCCCUUUCUCAACGCCUCAAACAGACCUCUCUCUUCCAUCUCCCAAACCUACCCACUUCCAUUUCUUGCCUCUCUGACUUCCAAUCCAAGCUCGACUCUCUAUCCCUACCCUCCAAUCUCACCUCCCUCUGCUUUGACCCUCUUCAGUUCGUCAUUACACCGAACAUCUGUGCUGCAGUCGAGUCAACUCAGGAUUGGGUCGCCAAGCUCGGACCCUCCACGCCGAUCGACACCGCCUGCCGGACGGACCUCACCGUUCUCACCUCCUGUGAAGCCUGCGUGACUGCUCUAUUGCAGGUUCAGUCCAAAUUGAUCGAAAUUGAUGGUAACAAAUCUCAUUCCACCGAUUGCUUUCACUUCUCAAUUCUAUAUGCUGCUGGUAUUGUGAAUGAAUUUGGGCCUGAGAGUAAUGGUACAAUGACUUGUAUUUUGGGUCUUUCGCUCACUACGAAAAACCAACCGGGAAGUAUGAAAGACUGGUGGUGGUGGUGGAUAGGGUCUCUCAUUGCAAUCAUACCCACUCUCUUCGGUUUCUUAUGCUACCUAAGAAAGAGGAAUCUAAAGCAGAAACAGCAAACAGAGGACAGGGAAAAAUGCCAUGAUGGUGCAGAUAAGCUCAACUUCAGUACGACGAAACCUCAGCAUUUGCAGUUAUAUAGUUUUCUUCAAAUAGCAGCUGCCACAGAUAACUUUUCAUCUGUCAACAAGCUUGGUCAGGGUGGGUUUGGACCAGUCUACAAGGGUGUACUAUCAGAUGGACACCACAUUGCGAUAAAAAGACUUUCCAGAAGUUCAGGCCAAGGAAUAGUGGAGUUCAAGAAUGAGAUCACUCUAAUUGCUGAACUUCAACAUAUGAAUCUCGUCAAGCUAUUGGGUUGUUGCAUCCAAGGAGAAGAAAAAAUGUUAAUCUAUGAAUAUAUGCCAAAUAAAAGUUUGGAUUUUUUUCUGUUCGAUCCUACUAAGAGUAAACUACUGGACUGGAAAAAACGCCUCAAUAUUAUUGAGGGUAUCGCACAAGGACUUCUUUAUCUUCACAAGUAUUCCAGAAUGAGAGUGAUACACAGAGACUUAAAAGCUAGCAACGUUUUACUUGAUGAUGAAAUGAAUCCAAAAAUAUCAGAUUUCGGAUUAGCUAGAAUUUUUGGACAAAAUGAAAAUGAAGCAAAUACAAAUAGGGUUGUCGGUACAUAUGGUUAUAUGUCUCCUGAAUAUGCCAUGAACGGUAUUUUCUCGGUGAAGUCUGAUGUCUACAGUUUUGGAGUCCUACUAUUAGAGAUUGUGAGCGGCAAAAAGAAUACCAGUUUUUCUCGUUUGGCUGGCCCUUUAAGCCUUAUAGAACACGUAUGGGAUUUGUGGAAGAAAGGUAUCGGUGUUGAGCUAAUGGAUCCGUCGUUGAACUUCUCUUGUCCUGAAACUCAAAUGCUAAGAUGUAUUCAUGUUGGUCUAAUAUGUGUACAGGAAUGUGCCGUGGACAGACCCACCAUGUCAGAUCUUAUUGCUAUGCUUACAAAUGAAACUAUGUGUUUACCUGAUCCAAAACAACCAGCAUUUUAUACUGGAAGAAGAACCCGAAAUGCACAAAAUUUACCUGCAGAGAACAAGUCAGAAGAUUGUUCAGUAAAUCGGGUUUCUAUGUCUGUGUUGGAGGCAAGAUAGAGGCGCAAGUGGUCAUUUAUAUAAGCAAUUGAGACAUUUUUCUAAUGCGAUGUUUGGUUGUCAAGAAAAUUAAAGGAAGAAAAUGAAGUCAAUAUUUGAAUCA